AUGAUAGAGUCGGUGUUUAUCACGGACAGGGCCGGCAAGCUCGUAUUCCAGUAUCUCCAGCUGCCUGCUUCGCAGAGCUUUCUGAGCUUGGCCAAUAUAAUAGGUCAGAAUCAGGAUUCGGAGCCCAUCGGAAGUCUGGAAUCAUCGAUAUUGGAGCUCAACAGUGAUUACAACUGUUGUUCAAAAUGGAAUAGCAGCACGUGUAUUCGCCUCAUAUGCUCCAAGCGACCAGUAUACAACCCGGCUAUUCCAUUCGAACUUCUAGACCGCAUGUUCGAGGCGUUUGAAAGCUAUUUGGGCUCGCCGUUAACGUCGACGAAAAUCGAGGCAAGCACCGAUUUGGUGACGGUAAUAACAAACGAGAUGAUCGAAAGCACUAUCCCAGUUCAGACAGAUAUCAAUAUGCUACAGACGGUGGCAAGCUUGGAGAGUCUUUUUUCCAAGAUAUUGUCGAUUGGUAGCAGUUUGGCCAAUGCGGCCAUGCCAUCGAAACCGACUCGAGGACCAAUUAAGUCUGUGAUUUCGGCACCAGAAUCUCCAGCAAAUGAGGCCACGAUUCCCUGGCGCAGGCCCAAUGUUCGUCAUACAAAUAACCUGAUGUACGUUGAUGUUGACGAGAAAAUCAAUGUGAUUCUCAAGGCAGUUCCACGAAAAGGCCGCAAGCUAGCGUCGCUGGCCAAGAGAUUUGAUUCUGCAUUCUACUCAGCUACCCAGCUCGAGACCCUGAAUAUCUCGUUGGUUCCUGUUUCCGGCACAAUUAGCGGCCUGUUACAUUUCAAUAGCCAGUUAUCAGGCAUUCCUCAUAUCCAAUUAUACCUCAGAGGAGCUCGAGACUUAGUUGACCUUCCCCAGUUUCACCGUUGCAUCAAGUUGGACACCUGGGCCAGCUCCCCAGGCACGCUUUCUUUCAUACCUCCAGAUGGGCGCUCAACUCUUAUGGACUAUACAAUAGACUUGGGAGACCAUCCAGGCAAUCUUGGCUUUAUCAAUAUUGAUUUUCAGCAGGGUUUAGGAACAUAUGAGGACGAAUUUGAAAUCAAACUCUACUGCCACGAAGUUAAGGCGGUGGAAAACUUGAUAGUGGAAGUGAUUAGAGACGGACAAGAUAAUCGUGGAUUCAGCUCCCAUAGAAUUACCCACGGAGACUUUUCCAACAAGAAUGACAACACCGGUGUGUGGAACAUAAGAAGUCUCAAUGCUGGUGUUCCAUGCAUAUUCAGAGGCUCUAUUGGUAAGCGUAAUCCCGAUGAGGAUAAUGAAGAAACCAAGUCUGAAAAACCACCCACGUUUCCCGUAUACUUGAAACUUUCUUACACUGCCAAGGGUGCGGUUCCCAGUGGACUCAAGGUUGAAUCACUCAAAAUAGUCAGUUCAAAGGGAUUGAGCGAUAGUGUCAAACCAUACAAAGGUGUCAAGUAUAUUACCAGUACAGGUGACUAUAUCGUACGAACUCAUCGCUGA